AUGUGUAAUUUUAUAAAAAAAGGUAUUAGGUUUAAUGGAGAUAAAUAUAUUUUCCUUUUUGAUAUAUUUAUAAAGAAAUAUUUAUUAAAUGUAUUCGUAGCAAAUAUAUUAUGGGAAGAAGAGAAUAAUAUAUGUUUUUUAAAUAGAUUAAAAAAUAAAAGAAAGAAAAGUAUUUUAUUUCUUAAAGAAGAAUAUUUACGAUAUUUAAUGAUAUUAAAUAAGGAAGAGAAGAAUAAAAAGAAACGAUUAAAAAAAAUAUAUGAAUGUAUAAAAGUUUUUUCUAUUAAAGAAUUUCGAUGGCUUAUCAAUAAGUUGGAAAUAAUAUAUUUUUAUUUUUUUUGUCAUUUAUUACUUUUAUGUAUUUUUCAAAAUAUUUUUCUACUUACAUACAUGAGUAAAGAAUAUUUUUUGAAAAACAUACACGACUAUAUGAUAAAUAUUUUAUCCAAUGAUAUUAAAUUUAAUACAUGCAUUGAAUUUACACAUAAUGAUAAGUAUGAACAAAAAUGUAUAACCAUGGCUUAUUAUGAUUUUCUUUUAAACAAGAAAGGAAAGUUAAAGAAAAGGAACAAAUAUUAUGAUAUAAAAAAUAUAGAACCUUUAACAGGAAAAGAUAAGAAUUUGUAUUCCUAUUAUAAUUUUUCACCUUUUUUUCCUAUGUCUUCAUCAGAUAUAAUAAAUGUUAAUACAAAUGAUAAAAUAUCAAAUAUUUUAUGGAAUGAUAAAUAUAUUGAUACAUUAAACCACGUUAAUAUGAAAAAAAAGGAUAUUCCCUUAAAUAUUCAUAGUAAUAAUAUACUUAUGAAUAAUUAUGCAUACAGAAAAUAUGUUAGGAGUUAUAUGAUUAAAAAGAGAAUAAAUGAUCUGAUUUUAUAUAAUUUGAAGAAUAUAUUUGAAAAAAUAAAUAAUAUUGAGAAACUAACAAAUAUAAAUAAUUUUAUGAAUUUUAAAAAGGAAUAUGAAAAGGUUUCUAAAGAAGUAUGCAAUAAUAAUAAUAAUAAUUAUGAUCCAAGUGACUAUAUGUUAAUAUUACCUAAUAGUUCGAAGGACCAUGCUUUAUAUAAUAAUAUAAAUAAUGAUGAAUAUAUGUAUAAAAAGUUUUGUAAUUUUAUUUCUCAAGCAAGGGAAAUUAAGAAACAAAGAGAAAAAGAAAAAUGUCAUAGAGACGAAAAAUGUGAUAGAGGAGAAAAUUAUGAUAGAGGAGAAAAAUACGAUAGAGACGAAAAAUACGAUAAAGAAGAAAAGGGCCUUAAAGAAGAUAAUUAUAGAGAUGUUAACGAAUGGAACAGUAAUAAAUCCGAACGUUGUAAUAAAAUUUAUCCGAGUGAUUAUAAAUUUUUUUUAAGUGAGGAUAAAAAAUAUGAUACUCCUUACUAUUCAAAUGAACGGGUUGAUUUUCAUAAUAGUGAUAUAUAUAUGAAUGAUAUGGAUGAGGAAUUAUAUUAUAGCUCAUAUCAUAACAAUCAUCAUAAUAAUGAUAUAACAUAUAAUAGUAAUGUUUAUAAAAGAAUGUUAAACGAAGUUAUCCAUCCUUCUGUUGAGAGUAACGAUGUGAAGAAGGGACCUUUAAAUAAUGAUAAUAUAAAAAACAAAGAAUCUAAUGUGUAUGAAAUUAAUGAUAUAAUAUACCAAUUAAAUGGUGAGAAAAAAAUGAACACAAAUAUGUGUGAAAAAAGAGGAAAUAAAAUUUUUGAUUCAAAUAAUUUUCAUAAUAUUAAUGAAAGGAAAAAGAAAAUAUUAGAUGAAAAUGACAUGAUAACAAUUGAUAAUAAUAUAGAUAAGAAAGAGAAUAUUUUAUUUCCUUAUUUCCAUAUGGAAAUAUUAAAAGAUAAUGAAAUGAAUAUAACUAAAUAUUAUAAAGAUAAACAGUAUUAUGGUCAAUAUAAAUAUGAUGAAAAUAUAUAUAUAUAUGAUUUAAUUGUAUUAGAUACCUCUGGAUAUAUAUACAAAGUUUCGACAGAUGGUAGUUACCAUUGGAAACGAAAAAUUGUAGACCAUAUACAAGACUAUUCAAAUAUUGAAGAAAAAGACGAUGAACGGAAGGUAUUGAAAAAGCGAAAUAAAUUGAACGAAAAAGACAUGUAUGAAAGUAAUAAUAAGUAUGAAAGUAAUAUGUAUGAUAUGAAUACGUAUGAAAGUAAUAAGUACGAUAUCAAUACGUAUGAUAAAAAUAUUUCGGAUAGUACUAAAGCUCAUCAAAAUAUUUACGUAUUAAAAAAAAAUGUUUAUGAUAUGAAUUAUGAUUCAAAAAGAGCGUUAAAAAUAUCUCCUUAUCAUAAUUAUUUUAAUACAUCGAUUAUAAAUUCUAUUAAUAGAGAUAAAUUAAAACAUUCCAAACCAUUAUAUAAGAACAAUAUAAAAACGAAUGAUGAUAAUAAAAAAUUAAGGGAAAAUAAAACGAAAAACAAAAGAUUAGUUUCAAAUUAUUUAGGUAAUUUAUUUUAUAUAAAUGAAAAUAAUGAAGUUAUACCAUUAAAUAUAAAUAUUAAAGAUGUUGUAAAUAAUUCCCCAUUUAAAUCCCCUCUGUUUCCUAACAUGGUAUUUAUUGGUUCACGAGAAUCUACUAUUAUUAAUUUAGAUUAUGACACAGGACAUGUACUAAGAAAAUAUGAUGAAGCAUCUAAUGAAUUGUUAGACAAACCCCCAAAAAAAAAAUCAAGAAAAAAUAAAAGUAUAAAAAAUGUGAAAGAUAUAAAUGAUAAUAUGAAGUUAUAUAAAGAAGGUAGUCAAAAUGUAGAGGAGUUAUCCUUUACCGAGGAGGAGAAUAAAAAGAAAAGUAUUUUAGAGGGUGAGAAAAUAGAAGUGGCGUCCUUAAAUAAUGAAGAGAAUAUGAAUAAAGGUUUUGUGUGUGAAAAGGAUGAUAAAAUAAAUAAUUAUGAUAAUGAUGAAGAUGAUCUAUUCUAUGAACAAUAUGAAGACAACAAUGAUAAUGAUAAUAAUAAAAAUGAUAAUAAUAAAAAUGAUAAUAAUAAAAAUGAUAAUAAUAAAAAUGAUAAUAAUAAUAAUAAUAAUAAUAAUAAUAAUAAUAGCUAUUAUUAUUAUAAUAUUAAUGGUAAUGCUAGUGAUGAUAUAUUAGUACAUUCAAAAAAUGAAUUAUUAAAUAAUACGUAUAUAAAUAAAACAAAUAUAAAAGAUGAAAACUCAAAUAAUAAUGAAUCAUUUCUCAAUAAAAUUGAUGGGAUGAAUAAUUUUAAAUUGCUACCAAAAAGAAAUAUGAAAAGAAAUAGAAAAAAGAAUCUCCUUAAGAGACUUAUGGUAAGUACAAAUAAACUGAGCAUGUUAUUGAAUAGAUAUCAUUUAAUUAAUCGUAGUUUAGAAAGAAUGAGAAAAGAUAUUAAAAGAGGGAAAAAUAAAAGAAUAUUAAAAAAACGUCAAUUACAAAUAAGUUUAAUAAAAUGGGUAAUCAAAGCAGUAGAUGAGAAUACAUUAAAAAAGAAAUGGAUAACAACUUGGGUUGAUGUUGGAUCUAUAUUUAUGACAGAUGUUCAUAGGAAAGAUACAUCAUUUAUAAAUUCCUUAAUUGAAAUUGUUGGAAAUAAAUUAAUAUUAAGACCAAUAGAAAAGGACAAAAUGAAAAGUACUACAUAUCAAAUUUUAAAGAUUAUGAAUAAUGACACUGAUGAAAUACAAAUGUAUCGAAAUGAAGAUAUGAAAUAUGAAGUUAUUAAUAAUGUGGAUGAUAUAAAUAAUGUGGAUAAUAUAAAUAAUGCGAAUAAUAUGAACAAUGUGAAUAAUAUAAACAAUAUGAACAAUAUGAACAAUAUGAACAAUAUGAACAAUAUGAACAAUAUGAACAAUAUAAACAAUAUGAACAAUAUAAACAAUAUGAACAAUAUAAACAAUAUAAACAAUAUAAACAAUAUGAAUAACAUUCUAAAUGAUAGGUUAAAAAAUCGAAUUAAUAAUAAAGAUAAUUCCAACAUAAAAUCGAAAAUAUUUAUUUUUUCAGAAUCCAUAUCAUCCGUUUUUGCAGUAAAAUAUAAAAAUUUAUCAAAUAUAUUUACGUUAGAUAUUAUAGCAAAACCAAAUAUAAAAUUAUAUUCUGAUUAUGAUAAUUUGAAUAAUUUUACAUAUAAUCCUGUACAUGUAAAAAAAGAGAGAACACUUUUUUUGCCGUUUUCUAAGGAUAUAUCUGAUUUAGAUGGAGAUAAGUUUUCAUGUAGUUUUGAAGAUAAUAUAAUAUAUGGUAAAAGAUUAAUACAUCGCUUAAAUAGUAUAUCAGUAAAUAUUUCUUCUAUAGAAAAAGAUAUGAAAUAUUUAUUAUCAAAUAUUAUAUAUGUAUAUGACAAGAAUAAGAGGAUUCCAAUAAGUUAUAUAUAUGAUAUGAAGAAUUUAAUAUAUGAAUAUCAAAAGGUUAAGCAAGAGUUUUUAUAUCAUUUACCUUGGGAUGAAGGAGACCAGAAAUAUUUAAGUCGAACGGAUGAUGUAUUAAAUAAUAGUAUAAUAGAUAAUAUAGGUAAAAAGGGUCCAAUUUUUAUUUGUGAAUAUAUAAACAAAUUUAUGGAUUUAUACUUUGAAGAGAAUGAUAUUUGUUAUGAUUAUUGUUCUAUGUUAAAUAUAUGGGAUAAAAUUUUUAAUAAUACUGUUAGUGAUGGAGAUUCUUUAUUAUUGUCAAAUUUGUAUCGUGUUGUACAUAAUGCCUUUAAGAAUAAUAAUAAAUAUAAUAAUAACAAUAUUUAUUUUGAUAAUAAUAUUAACAUUAAUAUUAAUAGUAGUAGUAGUAGUAGUAGUAGAAGUCGUAGAAAUAUUUAUAACUUUGAUAAUUAUUAUAAUAAUAGGAGAGAUUAUAAUAGUUUUUGGGAAGAUAGGCAUAAUAUAUUAAUGAAUAGAGAAAACUUUUUAAUUAAUACAAGCACAGAUAAAGUUUUUUCAGGGGGAAAAAAUAAUGAACUGAAAGAAUUUACAUCCAUUAGAUAUAAAAGAAGAAGAUGGUACUGGAGAGUAUUUUAUACUAUUAUGUUUAUAAUUUUUUUCCCAGUAUUAUUUAUAUAUAGAAGAAUUAUUAAAAGGAGAAAAGGUAGUAGUAAGGGUAAUAAAAUAGGUACAAGUAGUAAUAAUAAGUUGAUUAAAAAAAAUCGAACUUUUAAAGAUUAUGAAGAUGAUGAAAAUAAUAUAAUGAGUGAAGAUGAAGAAGACGAUUUGGAUAUGAAUUAUGAUUUAAUAUUUGAUGAUGAUAGAUUAAAAGUUAAAAAAAUAAAAAGAAUGAGAAAAAAUUAUAAUAAUAAUAAUAAUAAUAAUAAUAAUAAAAACAAUAAUAAUAUCAGUAAUAAUAACAGUAAUAGUAAUAGUAAGAGUAAUCGAUUUUUAUCCAAAUUAAGUAAUAUAGAUUUAGCUAAUAUUGAUUUAAAUUUAAUUAAAAAAAGUCAUGGGAAAAAAAUGGAUAAUUUUGAACAACCCACUCUUGUGGACAUUUUAGCUAGACAUGCAAGAGAUAGUACACAUAAUGAUGGUGUAUCUUAUUAUCCUUUCAACGAAAACGAAACUUAUAAUAUGUUAUCAUUAAAUUAUGCUUGGGGUGGUAAUCAUAAGCAUAUGAAUGUUGAAAGGACCUCAGAAUAUAAUAUGGGUAAUAUAUCUCAUCAACUAAAUUAUAACAAUAUAAGAAAUUUAGGUGAUAAUAAAAUAUCAGCAUAUGAAUUAGAUAUAUAUGAGAAAGAAUUAUUUCAUUUAUAUAGAAGAAGGGCAGCAUCUCAGGAUGUACUUAAUAAAAAAUCUUUUGUUAUGAAAAAACGGAUACGUAGUAGUUAUAAAGUUGGUAGUAGCAAUAAAUAUCAUAAGAAAAAUUAUACAGAUAAUGAAAAGGAUAAGAAAAAAUAUCGUAGUUAUAAAGAAAAACAUAUAAAUGAAAAAAUGUUCGAUAAAAAAGAAUUUCUGAACUUUUUAACCAAUUUUAAUAAGAAGUUUAUGAAGAAGAAUUCUUUGGUGGAUCAUUUAAUAAAAAUGAAUGAUAAAGCAGAAGAUAAUUAUGAUGGUUAUAAUAGUAGUGGAAGUAGAUAUAAUAAUAUAAAUGAUGAUGGUGUUGAAUUGUGUGGUACUAAAAGGUAUACGAAUAAUAAAAAUAAUAGUGAUUAUGAUAAUUAUAAUAAUAAUAAUAAUAUGAAAAAUAAAAGAUAUUCCAAUAAGAAACAUAAUAAUGAUAAUAUUAUUAUUAAUAAUAAUAAUAACAAAUAUACAGAUGAAAGGAAAUAUCGAAAUAAAAGUAUAAAAGAAGAUGUGGAUUAUACAAAUGAUUAUUAUAAUAUACAAUUAAAUAAUAAUAAAAUAAAUAACAAUCAAACAAAAAAUAAAAUCGAUACUAUUAGAAAUAUUAGUCAUGAGAAAUUAGGUAAUAAUAAAAGUUCGAGUGCUAGGAAUUUGUCUUUAAUACAAACAUCUCAUAUUCCAUACGAUGCUCCAUUAGCUGAUUUUUUAGAAAACGGAAGAUUCUUAAGAACUUUUGAAAAUAUUUCUCUUAUAGGACAGGGAGGAUUUGGUUCAGUUUAUAAAGUAUCACAUCGAUUAGAACCUGGAUCUCCAACAUAUGCUGUGAAAUUUAUUUAUUUAAAAGUAAGUUCAUUAGAUAAUGUAAGUUCAAGGAGAUAUUUUCGAGAAAUCGCAGCUAAUAGAGAUAUAUAUAGUAAACAUGUUGUUCGAUAUUAUACAUGGUGGUGUGAAGAACCUCAAUUUUUACCUAUGCAUCUGAUGCCAAAAGAAAUCCAAAACUUAGUAAAAAAGAAUAAAGAUACCUUUAAAAAAAGACUUACCAAAAAUAAAAAGUAUAGUAAUAAUUGUAUAAGUGAUAGUAGUAAUAAUAACAAUAGUAGUUGUUAUAGUGCUAGUAGUUAUAAUUCGAGUAUUAAUAGUAAUUAUAGAAAUAUGAAAUUAUGGAUAAAAAAGAAAGAACAAAGUCCUGAUAUGAAAAGAUAUAAAGAGGUUCUUAGAAAGAAUAAUGCUCCUAAUUUAGUUUUUUAUAGUGAUAACGAUGGUUUAACAUCUAAGAAUAAGGAAAAUCCUGAGAAAAAUCACAAUCCAUUUUUGAGUGAUAAAAAUUUUUCUGAUUCUAUAUAUAAAAAGAAAAAAAGUCAUGAUUAUAAUUCAUCUAGCCACAAACUGAAAAAAAGAAAAAACAAGAAAAAAAAAAGUAAAAAAAAAAGAAAAAGUAAAAGUAAAAUAAAAACAAAUGCUCAAGGAAUAUAUGAGGAAAGUGAAAACGAUGAAGGAAGAGAUCACUUUCAAUAUAAAAAAGGAAAGGAACAGUUUUCUAAAUUUAUAGGAAAACAUAAUUCUAUGGGUUUUACACAAAGUUUCCAAGAAUAUGAUCCUUUUGAUAAUGGUUAUUUGAGUGAAGAAGAUAGAGAUCUUAUAGUUUUCGCCGAUAAUGAAGAAUCAAAUGGAAAUGACCAACAAAUGAUACGUCAUGAUAAUAUGAACAAUGAAAAUGUUAUUAUAAAGCAUAGAAAUGAAGAUGAUAAAAAUGGAUUGGAUGGUGACAAAAAUGGAUUGGAUGGUGACAAAAAUGGAUUGGAUGGUGACAAAAAUGGAUUGGAUGGUGACAAAAAUGGAUUGGAUGGUGACAAAAACGAAUUGGAUGGUGACAAAAAUGGAUUGGAUGGUGACAAAAAUGGAUUGGAUGGUGACAAAAAUGGAUUGGAUGGUGACAAAAACGAAUUGGAUGAUAAUACAAAAAAAUUGGAUGAUAAUACAAAAAAAUUGGAUGAUUUAUUAAUGAAACAAAAAAUUAAUAGUUUAACAAGAAACGAUAUUGUUAAUAUUGAGAAUGAGAACCCAGCUCCUCAUGCUACUAAUAAUAUUAAAAAUAAAAAGGUUGAUUUAAAUGGAGAAUUAACUUAUUAUGAUUACGUUGGAAAAAAUGAAGUCAUACCAAAUUCUCGAACCGAAACGAAUGUUGAAAGUAUUAAUACGAAUGGUAUGUUUAAUAAUAAAUUUUCUGUUAUGAAAGACGAAGGAGGGGAAUAUAAGAAAAAAGAAAACAUGACCUGGGGAGACACGAAAAGGGAUGGUUUAUAUGAAAAUGGAAAACACGAAAAAGAUGGUUUAGGUGUUAAUAAAUGUAUAACAAAUAAAUAUAUUGAAAAUGAUGAUGACGAUGAUGAUGAUGAUGAUAAUAAUAAUAAUAAUAAUAAUAUAGAUGAAAGGAAAAAAGACCUAAAGAAAAAACAAAAAAAUGCUAUUACUAAAGGUAAUGAAGAUUUGUUAGCAACAAAUGGUACAAAUAAUAAAGAGAAAAGAAAGAAGGAUGAUGAUAUAAAUAAAAAUAUGGAAAAAAUAAAAUCAUAUAAAAAGAAAACACCAGUUCCUGAAUUUUCUAUAGUGUUAUUAUUGCAGAUGGAAUUGUGUAAAGGAUAUACCUUACGUAAAUGGCUAGAUAGAUCUACGAGAAGUGACAAACCUUUACAUUUUACUUAUAGUGAUAAAAAAAUGAAUCAUCCAUUAGAAUUUGACUUAUUUAAACAAUUAAUUAAAGGUCUUAAAGAUAUUCAUGCUACUUGUUUUAUUCAUAGAGAUUUAAAACCUGAAAAUAUUUUUGUAGAUCCUGAUACGUAUACAUUAAAGAUUGGAGAUUUAGGAUUAGUACGAUUUAUUGAAGAGAAGAAAAGAGAAAAGGAUUUUAACAAUAUUGAUUGUUAUAAAGAUAAUAUAUAUACAGAUAUUAAUCAGAAUGCAAUAACUAGCCAAAUAUCUAUAAAAGGACAAAUUAUAGGAACCCCUGGUUAUACAGCACCAGAAGGUGGAGCUUUAUGUGAUGAAAAAGCAGAUAUAUAUAGUGCAGCUUUAAUUUUAUUAGAAUUGUUAUGUCCACGUUUUACAACAAUUAUGGAACGAUAUAAAAGAUUAAAUGAUUUCAGAAAUUAUUAUACAGUACCUGAUUAUGUAAAAAUUCAUUUAAACCCAUGGUAUAUUUUAAUGUUACAAAUGUCAAAACCCAAUCCAGCAGAUAGACCAUCGGCUGCUGAUGUGUAUAGUAAAAUUAAAGUAUUGCUAGAUCCUCAUUUGACUGAUUUUGCAUUUAGCUUUAACGAUAUUCAUAAUGAGCAUAUGAACAAACCACCUCAGGGAACUAAUAACUUUGAAAGAAUAACGGACAAUAAGGACAAAUUCGUAAUACAAAGUGUUGUGGAUAUGAAGAAUAAAGUAGAAAAUGAAGAAAUACCUAUUGAAAAAGGAUUAAAUAGUAAUGUAGAGAAUAUAAAAAAUGAGAAUAAUGGUGCAGACAAAUAG